AUGAAACCCGAACGAUUACAAUUCAUCAAAGUACACAGAUAUCUUUUUUAUAAUAGAUCUGGAACUCAACCAGCAACAACCAAUGAUAGUGAUUAUACAAAAUCACCAUAUUACGUUGAAAUAGCAAUGUAUCUAUAUCUAGUAUUACCGCACUUAUACUCUCAAAUAACUUACAAUGAACCCAAUAAUAUAUAUUCACCUCAAUGGAUGACAAAGAAACAAAUGAACUAUCAGAUAUGGACUCCAUCGAUCCAAUACUUUAAAGAAAAAAUAUUCGAAAAAUAUAUACCAAGUUAUUUAGAAGAAUGGACCAUAAAAGGAAAGAUUACCAAUAAUC